CGAGAGGGGAGAGGAGAGGAGCGUGAGCGUGAGCGCGGCAGCCGAAUGAGCAAACAGAGGUAGAAACGUUAGGUUAUCUGCCGAGACUUAUCAGACAUCGACCUGUCACUUUUAUCGCUUCGAGACGAGUCUGCUUGAAGAGGACGGCAGCAGCGGCAGCAGCGACCAGGUCUGGUCCGGUCUGCUCGAGCCUGUGAAAAACUCCCGAACGCGGUCGUCUCAGCUGGCAUGAGCUAACCUACCAGACAGACAUGGAAACCAAACCAUUCUUAUCAUUGGGGUUCUUGAAGCCCCAGUGCUCGUUGGCUCCUCCCAUGCAGCGAGGUCGCUCAGGCGAGGCUUGUUCCUGCUUCAGUGGCAUGUGCCCCCUCCACCAGCGUCGCCUGUCCUCAGACUCGUCGGGCCAGGUGACCUCCUCGCCCCUGGGCUCACCCACAUCCCACCGGGGAAUGCAUCCGUCCCUGCUCAGCCCGACGUCCAUGGGGCCCUCCGGCUCCCUUCACUCUCCCAUCAGCACCCUGAGUUCGCCCAUGAACGGCCUGGCCUCACCCUUCUCCGUCAUCAGCUCGCCCAUGGGCCCCCACUCCAUGAACUCGCCCGGUAUGGGCUACGGCCCCAGCGUCAGCCCCCAGAUGUUCCAGCUGAACUCUCCGAUGAACUCGGUCAGCAGCACGGAGGACAUCAAGCCCCCGCUGGGCCUCAACGGCGUGAUGAAGGUGCCCGCCCAGCCCUCAGGCACGGCCCUGUCGCUCACCAAGCACAUCUGCGCCAUCUGUGGUGACCGCUCCUCAGGUAAACACUAUGGGGUGUACAGCUGCGAGGGCUGCAAAGGUUUCUUCAAACGGACGGUGCGCAAAGACCUGACGUACACCUGUCGUGACAACAAGGACUGUGUCAUUGACAAGCGCCAGAGGAACCGCUGCCAGUACUGCCGCUACCAGAAGUGUUUAGCCAUGGGCAUGAAGAGAGAAGUUUUGUUACAUGCAGCCGUUCAGGAGGAGCGCCAGCGAGCCAAGGACAGAAAUGAGAACGAGGUGGAGUCCACCAGCUGCGCCAACGAGGACAUGCCCGUGGAGAAGAUCCUGGAGGCCGAGCAGGCGGUGGAGCCCAAAACCGAGACCUACAUUGAGACCAACCUCGGCGUGCCAUCCAACUCGCCCAACGACCCGGUGACAAACAUCUGUCAGGCGGCUGACAAACAGCUCUUCACCCUGGUGGAGUGGGCCAAGAGGAUCCCCCACUUCUCUGAGCUGCCGCUGGACGACCAGGUGAUCCUUCUACGAGCAGGUUGGAAUGAACUCCUCAUUGCAUCAUUCUCGCACCGCUCGAUAGCGAUUAAAGACGGGAUCCUGUUGGCGACCGGGCUGCACGUCCACCGCAACAGCGCCCAUAGUGCCGGAGUGGGAGCCAUCUUUGACAGAGUGCUCACGGAGCUGGUGUCAAAGAUGAGGGACAUGCAGAUGGAUAAGACAGAACUGGGGUGCCUUCGAGCUAUAGUCCUUUUCAACCCAGACUCGAAAGGUCUGUCCAACCCCAGUGAGGUAGAAGCCCUGAGAGAGAAAGUGUACGCGUCUUUAGAGGCCUACUGCAAACAGAAGUACCCCGAGCAGCCUGGCAGAUUCGCCAAGCUGUUGCUGCGGUUACCGGCGCUGCGCUCCAUCGGCCUCAAGUGUCUGGAGCACUUGUUCUUCUUCAAGCUCAUUGGCGACACGCCCAUCGACACCUUCCUCAUGGAGAUGCUAGAAGCCCCACAUCAAAUGACAUAAUAGCAGAGAGGCUCGAGCUCCCCUCCUCCCCCUCCCUCCGCCCUCCUCCCCCGUGCCAGCCCCGGAUCGGGAGCGGGGUCCUUUUCAAAAUCCCGUCUCCAGCGAGGGACGGAUCACGUGAUGACUUUGAACGGAGAACCUCUCCCUUUCUCCCUCCCUCCUCUCCCUUUGAUGUGUUUCAAAACAAUGAAUUCAUCAUGUCUAUGGGUCUGUUUUAUACCUUGUAAAAAUAUAUAAAUAAGAAAUAUAUAUAUAUGAAAAUCACACGGCAACACGAGUGACAGCAGUGGACUGAAAUAAGGUCGGACAGAGGACAAAAGAAACGUAUUGAGCCAUCGUUUUCAUCCUUGCUUUUCCUGCACCUUGACAAGAAACAGCAGAGAUGAUCAGGUUUUAACACCCACAGUUAAGCUUGCAGGUAUAUAUAUAAAAAAAAAAGACAAAAAAAACGGUGAUGUCAUAUUUGGACACUCAGCGUUGUGAUCGGGACAAUCGUGGACUGGGAGAGCCUCAGGCUGUCUACUCUUGGACCUGAGCACUCUCUCUCUCUCUUUCAGGACUGAACUUACUUC